GUAAAAAGAACAUACUCUCAUGGUACGUAUAGAGCUGGCCCAAUGAGACAGAUCAGCCUGGUUGGAGCAGUUGAUGAGGAAGUGGGGGAUUACUUCCCUGAAUUCCUUGAUAUGUUGGAAGAAUCACCCUUCUUAAAAUGUACACUGCCAUGGGGAACACUUUCUAGUUUAAAAUUAGAGAGUCGUAAAGACAGUGAUGAUGGUCCCAUUAUGUGGGUACGUCCAGGAGAACAGAUGAUCCCUGUGGCUGACAUGCCAAAGUCACCUUUCAAAAGGAAGAGAACUACCAAUGAAAUCAAAAACCUGCAGUACCUACCUCGAACGAGCGAGCCCCGCGAGAUGCUGUUCGAAGACCGGACGCGUGCCCACGCGGAUCACAUCGGCCAAGGCUUCGAGCGGCAGACGACGGCGGCGGUGGGCGUGCUGAAGGCUGUGCGCUGCGGGGAGUGGUCCGAGCAGCCUCGUAUAACCAAAGAUGUAAUUUGUUUUCAUGCUGAAGACUUCUUGGAGGUAGUUCAGCGAAUGCAACUAGAUUUGCAUGAACCUCCACUCUCUCAGUGUGUCCAGUGGGUUGAUGAUGCAAAACUGAAUCAGCUGCGAAGGGAAGGCAUCCGGUAUGCCAGAAUCCAGCUGUUUGACAAUGACAUUUACUUCAUCCCGAGGAAUGUUGUGCACCAGUUCAAAACAGUUUCAGCUGUGUGCAGUUUGGCUUGGCACAUCCGGCUCAAGCUGUAUCAUUCAGAGGAAGAACUUUCUCAAAACCCAAGUACUGUUGAAGCAGGGACCUCUGCAGAUGCCAAGUCUUCGGUUAUUGGACUUCAAACUGACAGCAGAGUUUGUACGAUGAGCAAAAAUACCUCCGAAGACACCAAAUUUUCAGAUGCUCUGCAGACCAAGUAUCUGCAACAGGAGUUUAUGCCAAUAAAACAUGAACCUAUUGCAUCUCACCGGAUAAAAGAAGAACCCGUGAAUGUUGACCCUGCUGAAAAGACCGUGGCACCUAAUGAUGUUGGGGGCCAGAAUGUUCAGACUAGGCUGGAUCACGUUGAGUUGACGGCAUUUAAGCUGGAAAUGGAUUCUAAAUUUGAACCUGGCAACAAGGACUUACAAGGCAAGUUAUGCCCUGGAGGUCACAUACAUCCAGAUGAUACAAGACAACAUAGUUCAUCACAUCCAAAACCGCAUGGACAAAGAGAGGAUGACUUUUUGUGCUAAAUUUGUAUAUAUGGUUUUAAAUUCCUUUUUAAAAUUAAUGAUGUAAUAAUGUAAAGAUUCAUAAGUUCUGUGAGGCAAGUUUAUGACUUGCCUUUGCAUCUGUUACAGAAAAUAGUUAUGUAGCUUUGUAACAUUCCUCAGUGCCUGUCCAUAACUGUGAAGUAUCAAAGCACUUAGGGCCAGAUGCACUGUAAACACUGCAGGUUUAACAUAAAGAAGUCUUUAAAUAGUUUUGAGUUGUAGGUUUUAGAGUAGAGCUGACAUUUAACAUAUAUAUUUUUUGUAAGAUGAGCCAGAAUUCUUUUUGACAAUUCCAGGCUUUUCCAUAGAGCUUAUUUAUACCAAUUUUUUCAUUUUAAAUGUGUCAGCACUGUAGUGUAAAUAUCUUUUUUAAAAAUCUUUUUAGUGUGAUUUAUAAUGAAAUGUGAGCCGCUUAAUAAAGGUUCAUAAUAACAGAUCGGUUUUAUUUUUGGGUCUGCAAAAAAUGAUUCAGUUAAACUGCCUCUUUAAAUGGUUCUGUUUCUACCUGCACUAAUGCAUAGGAUGCCCU